GGUUGUUAAGUGCUUAUCAAAGACAGGAAAUCGUAUAUAUAUAUGUCUUUUUACGAUUCGGAAACAUGUAAUAAUGACAAUCAAAACUCACACUCUGAAUCCAGUCGAUCAUCUCGAGAAUCGUCUCUUCAAAAUGUAAAUCUAGACAAUGAGAGAAGUACCACCACUAGCUUACCUAAUAACUUGUUUUGGCGCAGUCGAAGUCAACCUCCAUUCGGCGAAACUUCAAACCAUGUGAAUACACCGGGUUUUUCAAAUACAGAGUCCAGUCAACAAGUGUCUUUAUUAAACCACACUGACUCAGUUCACACAGUAGGUAGUUCCCAUCAAACAGUUGGAGCUGGUUUGUCUGGUAGUACCCGUUCUGUUGGUCUAGGCAGCACUAACAGAACUACUAUGGCUGGGACUCCUCGAAGCUCUCAUCACCGCCGUAUGCUUCGGUUGGCUCGUUGCACACAAAAUCGUGAUAGUAUACCCGGUUUAUUGAGUAGUAGCAGCAGUAACAGUAGUCUGCUCGGACGAUAUCGCACUAUAAGUGGAGUUAACUCACGCCCUCAAUCCAUCGAUCCUUCUAUUUGUGAAUCACAUCUGUCCCGUUUGUUGAGAUUCUGUUCACUUCGAUUUGACGAUAGCGUAUCAAACGAGGCAGAAACAUCGGUCAGAAGACAAGAAUCUCCUUCAGGUGACUGUUCAAAUGACGAAUUUGCUGAGCUUCCGGUUAGAUCCGGUUCGAAUCAUUACAGUCUUAUUUCAGCUAUCAGAUCAUCGUCAGAGCAAAAUCCACUUUCGCAUUCAUUCUCUACAUCAAAUAGUACCUCACAGUCUCAGGAACAACCACUGCUCAAUCCCGGUAACAGCCGUACUAACAAUACAUCUCCUAUUUCCUUUUCGUUAAUUUCUACUAAUUCUGAUAAUUAUAAUAAUAACGAGCAAGUUGGCAACUCCUCAGCUUGUGUCACUGAUGCUUCUGAAACUGAUCACACAAGUGUUUGCAUCCCGUCAACCUCAAAACAAUGUACUGUGAAAUUCCCCAAACGCGGAGACCUAGACCAUCCUAGAGAUGUAGAUGGAGCAAGCUCGAGUUAUCAACCUGAAGCUGAUCAUGACUUUUAUCAAAAUUCUUGUUUUUCAUCUAAAUCCCAUGGAAGUAGUGAUCAUGUCUAUAGAACGUUUGCUAAACUUAAUGAACUUCGUUGUCAUGGUUUAUUUUGUGAUGUAAUCUUACAAGCUGGUUCAGUGAAGGUCCCUGCUCAUCGAAAUGUGUUGGCAGCUAGUUCCCAGUAUUUUCAUGCUAUGUUUACUGGAUCAAUGGCUGAAGCUCGUUCUCGUUGUGUAGAAUUUCGUGGAAUCGAAGGUUCCGCUCUCAUUCAGUUGGUCAAUUUCAUUUAUACAAAUGAAAUCAAUGUCAAUGAAGAGAAUGUUCAAACACUUUUACCAGCUGCUAAUCUAUUGCAAUUAACAGCUGUUCGUGAUAUUUGUUGUGAAUUUCUCCAAUUUCAAUUGCAUCCUAGUAAUUGUUUGGGAAUUCAAAGAUUUGCUGAUUUACAUAAUUGUCAAGAUUUACUUGAUUUUACUAGACGCUUUACAGAACAACACUUUGGUGAGCUAUUAAAACAAGACGAUGAACUUCUAAAACUGAAUGCAGAUCAACUUAUAGAAUUAAUCUCUAGUGACAGAUUAGCUGUUUCGGAGGAUCAAGUUUUUGAGGCAGUUCUUCGGUGGAUUGCACACAAUCCAUCUAAACGACAAACAGAAGCUCGGAAUCUGUGUUCACAUGUUCGAUUCGCGUUACUUCCACGAGAUUACUUAGUAUGCCUAAGUCAAUCAGAUAAUUUUCUAACUUUAAAUCCAUGGUGUAAAGACUAUUUGAUUGAAGCGCUCAGUUACCAUUUACUACCAUGGGAUCAGAAAUUGCGUAUUGCCUCCGAGCGUACAAAACCACGUACUCCUGUUGGAUUGCCGAAAAUUCUACUUGUUAUUGGUGGACAAGCUCCUAAAGCUAUUCGCUCCGUAGAAUGUUUUGAGUUUCAAGGUGGUUCUUGGACUUCUUUAUCUGGUGAUUUUGGACAAAGAGAUAACUCUUCUUCUAGCAGUCAACUUUUAUCUAAUCCAACAACUUCAUGUCAAUCUACAUCUAAUGAUUAUACUAAUUCAGUGAUUCCUAAUGUUAACUGUAAUAGUGAUAAUAUUUGUAAUCUAAUCGUAUCUGAUCUUCCAAGCAGACGUUGCCGUACCGGCGUGGCUGUUCUAGGUGGAUUAAUGUAUGUGGUCGGAGGAUUUAACGGCGCUUUACGUGUACGUUCUGUUGAAGUGUACGAUCUUUUACGUAACACAUGGCAUUCUGGACCUAAUAUGGAAUGUAGACGCGCUACUUUGGGUGUUGCUGUCUUAAACGGUUUAAUCUAUGCUGUGGGCGGUUUUGAUGGGACCGUCGGUCUUAAUUCUGCCGAAGUUUUAGAUAUUUGGUCCGGUAGUUGGCGUCCUAUUCCAUCUAUGACUUAUCAGAGAUCAUCAGUAGGAGUCGGUGCCGUAGACGGUAAAUUAUACGCUGUUGGUGGUUAUGAUGGUACAGUUCGUCGUUGUCUUUCUAGUGUAGAAUGUUAUGAUCCCGUCAGCGAUUCCUGGUCCUUGGUUUCGGAUAUGACGUGCAGGCGAAGUGGACCUUCUGUUUGUGAAUUAAACAAUCGUCUCUAUGCUGUUGGUGGUCAUGAUGGACCAACUGUACAAACUUCAGCUGAAGUGUUUUCUCCCGAAACAGGAACUUGGCAACGUAUAGCAGAUUUAAAUGUCAAACGUAGAAAUGCAGGUUUGGUUGCACAUGAUGGUUCCCUUUAUAUUAUCGGUGGUGAAGAUGGUGAGAACAAUCUGACCAGUAUAGAAAAAUAUGAUCCUGCUUCUAAUACAUGGUCCAUACUUCAAAGUCAUUUAACAAUUGGUCGAAGCUACGCUGGUGUGGCCAUUGUUGAACGAAAUAUAAUCUAAACGUGCAUUUUGUAUAGACUGCUCACAUGCACACUCGUAUAUGCCGAUGUGUACAAAUGCAUAAUUAUAUGACACUGAAGUGGUUUGUAGUUGGAAUAUUAAUUAUUUAUUUCACAGUCCACUUACCUUCGAGUUUUAUUUUCCUACAGUAUCUUGCUAAUAAUUUUCAUUUUGGGAUUUUUUUUCGUUUACCUACGUAUUUAUUCUUACUGCUUUUAUUAAUCGAUUUUGUUCUGAUAUGUUUAUUUAUUGUGCAGUUUGUUUUGAUUCAUAUUUUUUGUUUCAUGGUGUAUAAAAAAUGGUAGCAUUAAUAAUUCAUCAUGAAAUGGUGAUUUUGUUCUCAUAUUUUUAUAUAUAUAUAUACGAACUUUCUAAUUUAUCACCAUGUUUGGCGUAUUGUAAGCGCGUACACACUGAAAAUUUACUAGGGUGCAUCAUUUACUUCAGUUUGUGUUCUUCUUUAUUACUACAGUUUAUUCUGUCUUAAAUAAAAGAACUGAUGAGUCAUCAACACAUCAAAACUUAUUGCUCUGUUUUUGUUUUUGAAAAGUUUUAGCUCAUCUAUCGUAGUUUCUGGAUCACGUUUCAAAUUCACACACCCAUCUGUGUCAGACUAGCUUGUUUAGUUCAUUUUCACUAACACUUGUUCUCGACCUAGUAGUUGCAUAGUAUAUACUAUCAUGCCUAUCCC